AUGGCAAUAUCAAUCAACCGUCUGAAGUCCCAAGUUCACGAAAAAUUGCCGUCUCAACCUGAAUUGAACCUGAAGAACGUAAGUGCAAUGACCUUAAGAAGUGGAAAGGAAAUUCAGGGAUUCGAACUCGUGACUCCAAAGGACAAGGAUGAAGAAAAGAUCGAGAAAGAACUUGAGGCAGAGGACAUAAAUGGCAUAAAUCCAGCGGUACUCCUUAACCCAAUCAUUGAACUUAAAGCUAAUCCGCUUCCCUUUCCUAGUAGGUUGGAGAAACCAAAGAAUCAGGACAAGGAGAAAGAGAUCUUGGACGUAUUCCGCAAAGUAGAGAUCAACAUUCCUCUGUUAGAUGCAACCAAACAAGUGUUGAAGUAUACAAAAUUUUUGAAGGAUUUGUGCAUCAACCGAAGAAGAUUGCGAGGAGACGAAAGAGUUAUUGUGGGGGAGAACGUGUCAGCGGUUCUACAGAGGAAACUUCCACCGAAGUGCGGAGAUCCAAUGGUACAGGAAGUGUUUGAAAUUAUUGGCAGGGAUGAGUUAGAAGUUGUUUUAACCAAGUACCUCGAGUUAAACACAACUCAUGAGGAAGAAUUGAGUAAAGAUCUGAAAAAUACAAUUGGAGCGUUGCAAUCGUUGCCAGUCAAGACGAUAAGGUAUGAGCUCGCACUUAUUUUCGUGCCCAAAUCUCACCAAAGGGUAUUACCGUCUAUGGUGCAGGCACCUGUGUUUGAAUUAAAAUCUCUACCAAAGCACUUGAAAUACGCUUACUUGGGCAAGAAGGAAAUGCUUCCAUUGAUUAUCUCGACGCGACUGUUGGAAAUCCAAGAAGAAAAACUAAUCCAAAUUCUUAGAAAUCACAAGCAAGCAAUAGGAUGGACUAUCACCGACAUUAAGGGCAUCAGCCUCUCUGUAUGUAUGCACCGAAUAAGGUUCGAAGAAGAUGCCAAAUCUAUACGGCAAGUUCAAAGGAUGCUCAAUCCCCUUAUGAUGGAAGUGAUGAAGAACGAAAUACUAAAGCUGCUGGAUGUGGGGAUCAUAUAUGCAAUAUCAGACAACCCAUGGAUGAGCUCGGUACAGGUAGUUUCAAAGAAAGCAGGAGUGACAGUGGAGGCCAACCAGAAGGGUGAACUCAUGCCAAUACACAAAUCCACUGGAUAG